GAAGGGUAACGAUAUGAUUUGUUUUUCUCAACUCAAUGACUAGUCUAAGCUGCAAUUUUGUUGACAAAAAGGGGGAUGACUCUCUAGAGGCCAGAAAAAUCACCCAAAGCUGCACCAGGCUCGAAAUUUCAGAACCCAGUUUUUCAUACCAGAGCUGUCUCAACCUUCAAGCAAGCUACUACCACUAUAAGUAGCAGAACUUUCAUCCUCUUCUCAAUGCAUACGAACUUGAACUGAGAUCACAAGAUGAAGAUUCCCACACUUUCAUUUCUUUCAUUUGCUUUUCUUCUUUCCUCUUCAAUUCCAGUUUCAGCUUCUGCUCCAACCCAUGAAGAUUUUCUCCAAUGCCUGUCCCUUCACUCUCCCAAUUCCACCUCAAUCUCGCAAGUGAUCUACACCCCGAACAACUCUUCCUAUUCAUCCGUCUUGCAAUUCUCCAUUCAGAACUUGCGAUUCACGUCAUCUUCAACCCCCAAGCCUCUCGUCAUUGUCACGCCAAUUCACGAAUCCCAGAUUCAGGCAACAGUCUACUGUUCCAGAAACCAUGGCAUGCAGAUCAGAGUUCGGAGCGGCGGACAUGACUACGAGGGUCUUUCCUACGUCUCCGAGGUUCCUUUCGUUGUCGUCGAUCUAAUAAACCUCCGAUCGAUCACUGUUGAUGCCGGAAACAAAACUGCUUGGGUUCAAGCCGGCGCUACCGUCGGUGAAGUUUACUAUAGAAUCGCCAAGAAAAGUAAAACUCUCGGCUUUCCGGCCGGCGUUUGCCCUACGGUGGGUGUCGGCGGGCACUUCAGUGGCGGGGGCUACGGUUUGCUGCUGCGCAAGUAUGGCCUCGCCGCUGAUAACAUCGUCGAUGCUAGAUUAAUCGACGUUAAUGGCGACAUUCUUGAUCGAAAAUCAAUGGGGGAAGAUCUGUUUUGGGCUAUCAGAGGGGGCGGAGGCGCUAGCUUUGGAGUCAUUCUUGCAUGGAAAGUAAAUUUGGUUGAUGUGCCCUCAACUGUAACUGUUUUCACAGUCGACAGGACGUUAGAACAAAACGCAACCAAGCUUGUUCAUCAAUGGCAGUACGUUGCCCACAAAUUUCCCGCCAACCUAUUCAUCAGAGUCAUCAUCCAAGGCGUGAACUCCAGCCAGAGUGGGAAAAGAACGAUACAAGCUUCAUUCAAUUCCUUGUUCCUCGGCCGAGUCGACGAGCUCCUCCCGUUGAUGCAAGAAAGGUUUGCAGAGCUGGGUUUGAGAAGAGAAGACUGCAAGGAGAUGAGUUGGAUCGAAUCCGUUCUCUACUUCGCCGGCUUCCCGAGCGGAGAAUCCAUUGAUGUUUUACUGGAUAGGACUCCCUUGUCCAGAAGCAAUUUCAAAGCAAAAUCAGAUAUUGUGAACGAACCCAUCCCGGAGACUGGGUUGGAAGGGAUAUGGGAAAGGUUUUACGAGGAAGAAGCUAAAGUUGCCGUAAUGAUCUUGAGCCCAUAUGGGGGCAAGAUGGAUGAGGUUUCAGAAACCGCCAUUCCUUUCCCGCAUAGAGCUGGAACCCUAUAUAAAAUACAGUACGUAGUUUCCUGGGAGGAGGAAGGGGCAGAAGCAUCCAAGAGCCAUAUAAAUUGGAUCAGAAGGCUUUACAGGUACAUGGCUCCCUACGUUUCCAAGUGGCCGAGAGCUGCGUAUAUCAAUUACAGAGAUCUUGACAUUGGAGCGAACAACCAAGGAAACACAAGCUAUGCACAAGCAAGCGUUUGGGGGUUUAAAUAUUUCAAGGGAAAUUUCCACAGAUUGGUGCAAGUGAAGAGCAAGGUUGAUCCUGACAAUUUCUUCAGGAAUGAACAAAGCAUUCCUCCUGUACCUUCCUGGUCGAAGAAGGGGGGUGGUGAGUAGUACUAGUUAGUUAGUUAAGCAGAAGAAGUGACUGUGUGUGACUUUCUUAGGAAAUAAGUAAUUAUAUGAUGAUAUCUCAGUAGUAAAUUAAUAAGAUACCAUUUAUGGAUGUAAUUAGUUAGAAACUAGUAUGUGGAAUUUGACUUUGAUUUCGAUUUCAUUUCUUCAUGAAAUAAUAAUAAUAAUACCAUAAAUUGGAAGGCUCUUUGUCUUUCUUGUUUU